AUGCCCUCUACAACCUCAAUCCUCCCACCCCCAACCAACCCCCUAAUCCGCGUAAGCUGCUUCUUCACCAAAGCCCCCACAAUGAGCAGUACCGAGUUCAACACCUACUGGCGCGAGACCCACAGCUCCCUCGUCGUUGCCUCGAAAAUCUUCCACGACGCCAAGAUUCAGGGGUAUACGCAGGUGCACAACGCCCACAAUCUAAACGCCGAGGCGGCGCGGAUGGGAUCCGCGCUCUUGGAUUUCCAGUGGGACGCCUGCUCGGAGAUGUAUUUCCGGACCUGGGACGAUUACCGGCUUUUUGCGGAGAGUGAUGAGAUGAGGGAGGUUCUCGGGCCGGAUGGGGGGAAAAUUAUGGAUAUGGACCGCGGGGUUAGGGUUUUGGUGACGAUGGUGGAUCCGGUUUUUUCCAAGUUGUGA